AUAGAGCUGAGAAAUGUCACCCCGUGUCGCGCUUAAGCAUCUUGGAGACAACAACAACUGGUGUUUUCGAGUGGCAGAAAUUCUUCUGAUAAAGUACUUUUAGUCUUCGCUGACAGCGAACGUCCGAUGGUUGAACGAGCGACUCUGAACGGAGGCGACAGUUUGGGUUGUUUGCCGUAAAUAAACGUCGCCGGCUGCAGUUUUGGGCGCCUCGUCAGGGGGGUUUGAGGCUCAUGAGCGGGUGAAUAAUGGCAGACAAGUCGGUCUGGCACCUCCGAGGAGGAGGCAGAGUGACAAGGACGGGAGGAAGGGAAGGGGAGGGGAGCUGACAUUAAAGCAACACAACAAGGAAACUCGCCGUCUCGCCACACUCAGACGCCUUCAUCUCAUGGUGUGUUGAAUAAGACCCGAGGCCAGUGCGGCGGAGUCGGUGAGAUCAGCCCGGAGCUCCACUCCAGCACCGCCGCCAGCUCCACGACCAGGAUCCGCUCCGCUCCGGGAGACCAUGGGUUCAGAGCCGCCCAGCUCCCCUCAGGUGGUGGAGGACGGAGGUGAGGAGGAUGAGGAAGAGCUGAGUGGAGGGGAGGAGGCCGACCUGCGCUCCAGCUCGGGCCGGGGCUCCCUCCUGACCCGGAGGGGCAUCACUCUGCGGGUGCUGCUGAAGGACGGGCUGGUAGAGCCGGGCGACGGCGUCCUCGCCAUCCACUAUCUGGGCAAGAACUUCAUUGGCGACCUGCUGAACGACGGGAAGAUCCGAUGGGUGGAGACGGGUCAGAUCUUCAACUCCCCCAGCGCUUGGGCCACUCACUGCAAGCGUCUUGUCAACCCAGCUAAGAAGUCCGGAUGUGGCUGGGCCUCAGUCCGCUACAGGGGCAACAAGCUGGUCCAGUACAAAACCACGUGGCUGCACAAGUACCAGCCCAGCGCCGACAUGAGUCUGGUGAGCGAGGAAGACGAUGAUGAGGAUGAAGAGGAUGGCAAAACUAUACAGGCCGAUGAGAAGAACAAAAACUCCAAACCAGGAUUAAAUGACGUGAUGGUCUCCAAGAGAUCUGACCGAGAGAGGAUUCCAGUCAGAUACUGCACUUUGGGCACCAGAGAUUCUUCCAGGGAUCCCCACACUCUGGUGGAGCUGUCAGCCUUCUCAGCCAUCAACAGAUUCCAGCCUUUCAAUGUCGCCGUGUCCAGCAACGUCCUGCUGCUCAUGGACUUCCACUGUCACCUGACCACCAGUGAAGUGGUGGGUUACCUGGGCGGACGCUGGGACACGAACACACAGCUGCUCACUAUUUUAAGGGCAUUUCCUUGUCGGACCAGGCUGGCGGAUCGAGAAGCAGCGUCGGCUGUGGAGGAGGAGAUCUGCCAGAACUUGUUCAUGCGUGGACUGUCGCUGGUGGGCUGGUACCACAGUCACCCCAGAGGUCCGGCCCUGCCCUCCCUGCAGGACAUUGACUCCCAGAUGGACCACCAGCUGAGGCUGCAGGGCUCCAACAACGGCUUCCAGCCAUGUCUGGGCAUCAUCUGCGGACCAUAUUACCACGGAAACCAAGGCGUGGCAUCCACAAUAACACCAUACUGGGUCGUACCACCACCAGAGCAACGUCCCAAUGACUAUGGCAUACCGGUAGCUGUGGAGGUCACCUACGUCCAGGACAACUUCCUCACCAGCGACGUCCUGAACGAGAUGAUGCUGCUGGUGGACUACUACAGAGGUGCUCCAGAUCUGGUUCAGUUCAGCCAGUACUGGUGUCCCGAGACCACCAUGCUGGACAAGAUCAAGGGGUCGCUCAGCUGCCACGCCCCCAAAGACCAGGCCUACUCUCAGAUUCUGGAGCACGUCUACAGCCAGCUGAGCAGCGGACAGUGAGCAGACACAGGUUCUCCUCGCAAGUGGUGCUUGAUCACCACAGUGACUUUCACACCUGAGAUUCUAAAUAUGAUGAGCUCAGCACCUUUAAUAUUUAAACCAACAGGCAGCAUGAGAUUACGAGGCAUUCUUACCCCCGACAGAACUGUCUGAACCGGGAACAUAAGUGGACCUACACGUGCCCGUCGGUGCGCCGACACGUCCCAUGUAUAAUUGUGUUGUUUUGGCAGAGCGUGAUCUGCAGUAGAGUUGUGAAUGCCUGAGCUUCCCCACUGAGAUUCUAGAGUUCCACUUCUCAGACGUGCCAACUAUACUUUAGCCUUCAUGUCAAUGUGUUUGCCAGCUCUUCCUCUCGGCAGUCCAGGCCGGACGUCCCGGAACAUUCUCUGUGACAAACUGAACAAAUGUAGUCCCACAUUGCAGAGAGCACCAGAAAGGCACUUAUUAUUUAUGUAUUAGAUGUUUUGAUGCCUCUAAAAAUUGUAGUGGAUCAAACAAAUCCAUGAGGAACUCACCAGGAAACUGGGCGUAUUUUUGAGCAAAUACUAGUUUGGUGGGUUUUAAAGUCGUUCUUGUGUCAUAGCCGAAUCAGCGUCCUACUUUCCUGCCACUCACUUUCCAAACAUGACAAAAGUGUCCACUUGAUCCCUGUAUUUAAUCAGAAAAACAAGGUUUAGUUCUUACAGCUGUUAACUGCUUAACUGUUGCAGUGCAUUAUGGGACUUGUCUGGCCAUUAAUGGCGGACAGUGAAAUGUCACAGCAACAUCUUGUGUUAAAGAUGGGCUGGACGUGGGUUUGACACGUCUGACGUACGAAAACAGAAGUGCUCCUGUAGACGUCUUGUAUUUAUUCCUCUGCCUUAAGCCUGCUGAUUCCACAACCACAGAUCCUUGAGCUUCACACACUGGAAACACUGAAACUACUACAUGUACUUUGUAAGCAUUCUUUAAGAAAAUAAAUCUAUAUGAAUCCAACACACUUGUUUUUUUUCCUCUUUAUUUAUGACAAGGAGAGGACACAAACGUAAGUAUAACGAUGACAAGAAAUAGUGUAGUUAAGACAAAAUAAAUCUAAAACAAGGUGUAAUAAAUGACUACAUGCAAAUAUUUGUUUUAAAGGUUUUGUAUAUAAAAAAAAAGAAAUAACACUAUAGUGAGCCGGAGUAAUUGAU